CGAGCAGCUGGAAUCAGAGGAGAUGCUGCGGAGGAUAGAGCAGAUUGCUCAACAGCUGUGAGCAUAGGGCCCUCCAGCACCGCCACCAUGCCGUUCGGCAACACUCACAACAAGUUCAAGCUGAACUACAAGGCUGACGAGGAAUACCCAGACCUCAGCAAGCACAACAACCACAUGGCCAAAGUGCUGACCGUUGACCUCUACAAGAAGCUGCGGGACAAGGAGACUCCAUCUGGCUUCACCCUGGAUGACGUCAUCCAGACAGGUGUGGACAACCCAGGCCACCCCUUCAUCAUGACCGUGGGCUGUGUGGCCGGCGAUGAGGAGUCCUACGACGUUUUCAAGGACCUCUUCGACCCGGUCAUCCAGGACCGGCACGGGGGCUACAAACCCAGCGACAAGCACAAGACCGACCUCAACCAUGAGAACCUCAAGGGUGGGGACGACCUGGACCCCCACUACGUGCUCAGCAGCCGCGUGCGCACCGGCCGCAGCAUCAAGGGCUACUCGCUGCCCCCGCACUGCUCCCGCGGCGAGCGCCGGGCCGUGGAGAAGCUCUCCGUGGCAGCCCUCAACAGCCUGACGGGUGAGUUCAAGGGGAAAUACUACCCUCUGAAGAGCAUGACGGAGAAGGAGCAGCAGCAGCUCAUCGAUGACCACUUUCUGUUUGACAAGCCCGUGUCCCCGCUGCUGCUGGCCUCAGGCAUGGCCCGUGACUGGCCUGACGCCCGUGGCAUCUGGCACAACGACAACAAGAGCUUCCUAGUGUGGGUGAACGAGGAGGACCACCUCCGGGUCAUCUCCAUGGAGAAAGGGGGCAACAUGAAGGAGGUCUUCCGCCGCUUCUGCGUGGGGCUACAGAAGAUCGAGGAGAUCUUUAAGAAAGCCGGCCACCCCUUCAUGUGGAACGAGCACCUGGGCUACGUGCUCACCUGCCCAUCCAACCUGGGCACCGGGUUGCGGGGAGGCGUGCAUGUGAAGCUGGCGCAUCUGAGCAAACACCCCAAGUUCGAGGAGAUCCUCACCCGCCUGCGCCUGCAGAAGCGGGGCACAGGUGGUGUGGACACGGCUGCUGUGGGCUCCGUGUUCGACGUGUCCAACGCCGAUCGGCUGGGCUCAUCCGAGGUAGAACAGGUGCAGCUGGUGGUAGACGGUGUGAAGCUCAUGGUGGAGAUGGAGAAGAAGCUGGAAAAGGGCCAGUCCAUCGACGACAUGAUCCCUGCCCAGAAAUAGGCGCCCAGCCCGCCCGCCACCGACUGCUGGAGCCCCAGCACCUGGGAGGACCUGGCCCACCGGAGGCCCGCCCCUUCGUCCCUUGCUCCGCCCCUUUCUCCCGGACACCCGCCUAUAAUGGCUCGGUCACCUGGGGGCUCUACCAGCCUUCUCGGAGUUCCAACCAAUGGGCUCCAUCCUCUGGGUUCUGGCCAAUGAAACCCCCCCUCACACGCUCCUCUCCUUUUCCCAGAGCUCCGCCCCCCAACCAGAGCCCUGGCAAACCGGGAGCUCCCCAGCACAUCUGGAGCUCGUGCCUUUUCUCCACUCAGAGUGAUAAAUAAAAGCAAUGGUGGCCUUA